GAAGACCCUCAGGGCACUUCAAAAGAAAUCUUCUCCAGAUUUGUUUCGUUUCUGUUUUUUCUGUUAUUUUGUUUUUCAAAUCUUAUAUCUCUAGAUUUCAGACAUGUCUACUUCUUCUAGAAAAUCCCUGAGGUCGAGCUUUCAGCGCUCCCUCUCGCCGUCCGGCCGGUUCUUUGCUCCGAUGACUGAUAAAGAUGUCUCAUCUUUCGCAUCAUCAACCAGCUCCAGCUUCUGCUCUUCUCCUUCUACCGGUUACUUCAAUAGAUCUGCGUCACCAACGCGUGUCAAUCUCCACGGAUUUGCGCCACCGACGCCGUCCGUUCGUUUCUCUAUCGACCGAUCUAUCUCCCCACGCCGUUCGGUGGCUGUUUCUCACCGAGAUCAGGUGGUCCGGAAGCAGAGCAUUGGAAAUCCGUUGGCGAAUCUCCCGAAGAAGACGUGUAUGUGUUCUCCUACGACGCAUCCAGGUUCGUUUCGUUGUAGUUUGCACAAGAACUUGAACAACAGGCCGUCAAUUUCCUACUCGCCGAACCGGCUGAACGCUCGGAGGUCAGCGAUGACGAACUCGCUGGUUCGGAUCGGGACCGUGGAGGGAGAUUUGGUGAAGCGUGCUUUGGCUGCCCUCAUCCGGCCUUCUUCACAUCAGCAAAGGCGCCGUGGAGAUUUCCAGCCUAGACCGAGCCGGCUCUCAAGGAUGACGAAAGCAGAUGAUCUGUGAGUGAGUUUAUGGUACAGGUCUGUAUUGAUUUGAACUGCUUUGUUGAGUGUUCCGGCGGUGGCGUCAGAUUCCGGCUGCGUUUUUUUAGUACUCCGAUGAAUCAAAGCCCUAGCGAACAGAUACAGUUUUGGCAUUUUCACGGAAGAUCCCCCACUUGUAGAUAUGUAUUGCAGCAAACUGAUAGCAAUCGAAGGACAUUUGUGAACUUUUGGCAACCACCUAAAAAUCUAAAAUGAAUUAUCUGAUUGAUCUAAAUUUGUAAAACCGGAAUAGAGUUCAUUGAGAAAUACGUGAGGAUUGAUUGCUUGAUUAUAUGGAUUGAAUGGAGUUUUGUGUGUGUGGCGUUCGUUUCGUUGUUUUACGGCGACGUUUUCCGCCGUUUCUCUGUUUCACCGCCGUGGUAUGCGUUUGCUUUUCGUGUCCAGAAGUUAGGUUUGUGCAGGAAUGGCGUCAUGGUGUGGAAUUCAUUGAAUUGGAAAUUGAAGAUUGGACAAGGGUUUAUAUCCUUCGGACUUUGGACUUUUCUUGAAAGGAAACAUUACCUGUGCUGAACUGGAAAUGUAGAGAUAGUGGGACAUUGUUUAUCUUCUUAAAAAACGGGGAACCUUGCACUCUUUACCUAAGAAGGCAAUUGAAAAUUGAUUUAACCUAAAAGUUCUAUAUGGAGUACAACAUUGUUUUUCACUUAUAAACUUCAUACAGAUAACAAAUUACUACGUAUUAUUGAUGAAAUACGGAGUAUAAAGUAACAUAGGACUAGGAGAAUAUUUUAUCGGGAGAAUUCCCUAAAUAUGAGUAAAACUAUUUUGAAAUUCCAAAAUAGAAGUAUCAUUUUUUUUAUUUUUUGAAUAGGAGUAAAUUUCUACCAAGAUUGACAUUACUAUGCUUUAAAACAUGACAUUUUCUUUCAAACUUGGCAGAUUAUUCCUAUUCAUGAAAUAAAAAAUAUGAUAAUCCUAUUUUUAGAGCAAUUUAUUUUAGUCAUACUUGCAAUUUAGUUUAUUCAUACUUGAAAACCUAAUGAUCGGUAAGACUACCCUUGCAAAAUCUUAUUCUUAUUCUUAUACACAACAAUCCCACAUUUAGAGCAAUUUAGUUUAUUCAUGGUACUAUUGUUGGCACAUUAAUACGCCCGUUUUCAUAUCUUGAAUUUUUUUAUCUUACUUUUUAUAUUAUUUGUUGUUUCAAUUUUUUCUAUUUGCUCCUUUCAUUUUCUACUUUUCUCACUCUUUUUUGUUCUAAUUAAUAUUCCUUACUUUUUUAAUUUCCAUAAGAUAGCUUUUAAUCUUUAAUUAAUAAAGAGACCAUUUUGACAUCUUUCUAUGUUAAUUUUAUUAAAUAUUACGUAGUACUCCGUAUCACAUUUAAAUUUUGUAACCGUUAAUUUUUUGAAGUUUUAAAUACAUUCAUUUUUAUAACAUCAAAAAAGUUUAAUAAACUUAUAAAUAAUUGAAAAUGAGUCUAAUUUCAAUAAUAUUUUUGUAAAAACAUUUUGAGCCCGUUUGGUAACUGUUUUUCAGUCAUCAGGUUUAUCACCAGACUUUUUCUUCAAACUUUUAUUUGUGUAGUAAUAAGAAAAAGUAAGUUUAGAUAUACUUUUCUGAUUGUAUUGGCCGAAGAUAUUGUAGAAAAAGUUGUUUUUUCAUAUGAUUUUUUCUUUGUUUUAUUAAUAAAAUAUAUUUUAAAUAUAAUUUUUUCAUAAAUCAGCAGAACAAGUCGAUACAUUCACUUCAUCCAUAAUUUCAUAAAUUUUAACAGAAACAACCGAUUAUGCCAAUGUUUCUGAUACCAAACAAGCUCUUUACUAUAGAAGGCUUUAAAAAAUACGGGUAUUAGAAUACACUCUCUGAAGUAACUUCCUAGUAUAUUUGGGGCGAAAAUUAAGAUAGUAGGUGUUAUUAUGUGAUGGAUGGUUGUGCAAAGGAGAGAAAAAAGAGUAAGAAUGUAUAAUAAUUCUUGUGAAUUACAAAUUCUUUAUCAAAAAGAGAAAAUGGAAGUUUAAUUUAGACAAUCAAAAAGAAAAUUUUGAAAUUUAAUCGGGGAUGAAGGUAGUAGACUAGUAGAUUUUAUAAGUUCUUUGCCGAGAACAAGUUUGAUUUUUAAUCUUUCAUCUAUUAUAGUUAAUCCUUAAACUUUAUUAAUCUCCAAAGAAAUGUUUUUAAAUAGCAACAAGUCAUAAUGUUUUUUCUUUCUUUAAAAAAACAUUCAUGAUAUGUAACAUGAUAACAACUCUAACGUAAACGAGGUACAAUUAGACAAAGAAUUCAAUGUUUAUCGUCUCCCCUUGAACCAGACUUAGAAACUGUCACCUCUAAUGAAGCAACCAGAAUCGUUGAUCCUGAAUUCGACUUACUUGAGCCAAAAACUAGUAAACUAAGUUCUCCAUCCUCUGUCCUAUGUUCUAGAGUCUGGACAAAACAAAAAGCAACAACAAUCAAAAGCACACGAUGUCCAGCACAAAUAACUAUAAAAAUGAAACCAUAAUUAAAAGUGAUAGAAACUUUAAAACUCCAUGUGAUCCAAAGCUUCACAGGUUUUGGCGGGUCUGGAGAUUCUAGCCCACCUCCUCCCUGUUUUUUGGAUCUUCCACAACCAUGGCGUCCUCUCCUAUCUGCUUCAGCUCUUGCUCCUUUGCUUCCCAUGUCCUCCUCCUCUUUUGCUCUCCGGUUCCACUGUUGCUAACCAUUGCUUCCUCAGUCAUAGAGACAUCUUCAUCUUCUUGUUUCUGGUUAUCCAGAUGAUGCUGUCCCUGAUUCUGGCUGCCAGUAGUGUGCAUAUACAUCCCUGCUUGGUCUCGUCCUAUCCUUUUCUAACAUACUAGCCAUUUAUUGCCAAUAGUUGGACGGGACCUUCCUCCUCCCGCCCUAAGUCAUGGGCCAAAGAGUCGCUUAGACUCUCUAUCACCUUUAUCAUACAGAGAUGGGCAUAAUUUCUCAGCGUGUCCAAUGACACCACAAGCAAAGCAGAAGCUAGGUAGUUUUUCAUAUGAGUUAAUUAUCAAAAUAGGACUAGAAGUCAUUCACUUUUCA